AUGGUACCUCGUCCUCGCGAAAUCUACGGAACCGGUCUCACAGACUGGAGCCUCGCAUCCACGUACGACAAAAUCAACAUCUUCAUCAUUGCGUCAAUAGUUAGAUCCGAUGGCGGCGUCAUUGCCGGAUUAGCGGCGUGCGGCGUCAUGAUGUCGAUCGUCGCCACCGCCGUCGACCUAAUGCAAGACUUCAAAACCGGUUGCCUAACUUUAUCAUCCGCCAAAUCGAUGUUCGUGUGUCAGUUGGUUGGCACUACUAUGGAGUGUAUCAUCGUGUCGUUGACUUUUUGGAUGUUUUGGAGCGCGUUUGAGAUCGGGACACCUGAUAGUCCGUAUAAAGCGUCGUACGCGGGAUUGGAGUCCGGCGAAGGUGGCGCAAUUUGCUCCGAUUCCGAUGGCGAUGGCGAUGGCGGUGCCGUUUUAUAUCGGGGGUAUUUUGCGAUCGAUAUGUUUGUUGGGACGGUGAUUUUGUUUGUGUGGGAAAGAGUGAAUAAGAAAGAUGAAGAGGAUCAUGCCGGUUUGAUUUGUGGUGCGGUUGCAGAGUGA